AUGCGGAUACUCCUGGGACUAGUCUUUGCAGUAUCCUGUUUCUGCGGGGGAGUCAUUGUAGAGGAGUCUUCACUCCCGAGCGAGAUAACAGUGGAGGAACACGCCCGGACAGUCGAUGACUACCUCUUUUUCACGCGCUGUAUUGACACAUUUCUAGUGAGAAACUCUGGGAAGGCCGUGAUCAAGGGAGUUUUCCUGCCGAGAAAAGGCCUUACGUACCUAUCAUACUAUGACGACCUGGGAACAGUCCAUAAGAAGGUCUCCCUCAAGGAAGGACACGUUCUGGGCUUCAGAUACCCGCUUUCCCAGGGUCUUCGCAUCGCCUUCAGCGUGGAAACAGUCUCCCUGAAAACGAUGCGAAUCCCCUGGGAAAGCAGGAAACCGGCUUUAGAGGGUGUUUGGCCCUUUGAAGGCGCUUCCCCCCUGCGGAGAACCGAAGAAAGAACCCUCUUUUACGCGUGGAGGUGA